GGAGUCUGCCAACAAACCUCAAAGAAGAAGAAGCCGGCGUACGUUAUACCUGCUCCUUUCGCUGUUAGCAACGAAGAGAGAAUCGGAGAUAGCUGAAAAUUCCGUUUGAGCAAAUCGAAAAAUAAAUUGACCGGAGGUUCAACUCAUUUAUUUUUUAAAGAGGAUAGCUAUUUUAAUGGGCAUUACACAUACGUUAGCUAGCCUGCUAUUUGCUAAAUAAGCUAAUAGCUAGCAAGGUUCUCUAAGGUUUUGAAUCACAUGCGCGAGUAGCUAAACUAGCAAGUUGACGUUAGCGGUCAUUAAAAAAAGCUAUCUAGCUCGCUAACUCAGCCUAACAUUAUCUUUUCAUCAUUUGGUUACAGUGUAUAGUGUUUUUGAGAUAUUAGGAACACACCGCAAACGUCGUUUAUGGGAUAAUGUCAAUGAAGCAGGCCGGUGGUAAUCGCAAACCCGGCGGUGGUGCAGCCGCUGGGGCCGGACGACAGAAUUUGGGCAGGGGACGGCAUAGUACCAAAGGUACUUCGGCAGCAGUUGUCUUCAACGGUGUAUAUGCAAACAUGAGGAUGGUCCAUGUCUUGACAUCAGUAGUGGGAUCCAAAUGCGAACUGAAGGUUAAAAAUGGAUUGGUUUAUGACGGAGUGUUCAAAACAUAUGGCCCAGAGUGUGACCUGGUCCUAGAUGCAGCCCACAGGAAGAUCCCUAAACCCAGCGAGGGCCCGCGACAGGAAGACAUUGUGGAAAGCAUCAUCUUCAAGGCUUCUGACGUGGUGGUGGUGCACUUCAGAGACGUGGACCUCAAUUUUGCCAGUAAAAACAACUUCACGGAUACGGCGGUGAGUGGCAGAAUCAACGGGGAGCACAAGGAGAAGGACCUGGAGCCGUGGGAUGGAGGGGAGCAGCAGCAGCACGUUGUCUCAGGCAGCCUGGAGUCCCUGGACACAGACGUGUCUAAUGGAUGGGACCCGAAUGACAUGUUCAAGUACAACGAAGAGCAGUAUGGCAUCAUGUCGACCUACGACAGCAGCCUGUCUAGCUACACUGUUGCCCUGGAGCGGGAUAACUCAGAGGAGUUCCUGAAGCGGGAGGCACGGGCAGCCCAGCUGGCGCAAGAGAUUGAGGCCAGCGCCACCUACAAGGCCCGCGUGGCCCUGGAGAAUGACGAGCGCACCGAGGAGGAGAAGUACUCAGCCGUGGUGCGCGGAGAGAAGGGAGAGCGUGGAGAGCGGGAGCCACACACACUCAACAGAGAAAACAAGUACAUUCCCCCGGGCCAGAGGAACAGAGAGGGGAUGUCAUGGGGAGUGGGUCGUCAGAACUCCCCCAAGUUGAUCCAGAGCAGCAGCGGACCUCCGCGGCCAGGUCCCCAUGACUACAGCCCCAGUUCUGGAGCCGACCAGCGGGUUGUCAACGGAGGUACCACCUCGUGGCCAUCUCCCUGCCCAUCUCCCUCCUUGCGUCCUCCUUUUUGCUACCAGUCAGGGCCCUCCUCUCUCCCAACCAGGGUGGCCACACCCACCCGGCCUCCCUCCAGACCUCCCUCGCGGGCUUCCCGGCCCUCGUCUCACCCCUCCGCUCACGGCGCUCCAGCUCUCAUCUCCACUAUGCCCAAUAGACGCAUGUCCUCUGAAGGCCCUCCCAGGAUGUCACCGAAGACACAGCGCACCCCACGCACCCACAGAGUUCCCCCUGGGGGUAGAGUCCCUCCGGGAGUAGACUUUAUGCCCCACAAUGCUCCAGGAGAGGUGCCUGUGCCCCCUCCAACCCGCAGCACCUCUUCCGGUGGCACCUGGUCUUCCGUGGUCAGCGGAGCACACAGGCCUCGCUCCCCUCGGCAGAACAGCAUGGGCGGGGCCUCCCCUGGCCCUUCCUCCCUCCCCUUGGCCCAGACUGGGACCACCCCCGUAGAACCUGCUACCACGCAGUCAGCCCCAUCACCUACUGCUGCUAGCCCUGCCCGGGAUAUGGCCGCCACUCCCUCAGAGGCAAAAGAGUCUCGGGUCCAGGAGAUGAGACAGAACUCCCCUACGGCCAACAAGGAGAACAUGAAGCCCCUGGAGAGCCCCCCUAGUAUCAGCAGACCCCUCUCUAAAGGACCCCCCUCCAUGGCACCAGACCACAGAAAACAAAUAGACAACUUAAAGAAAUUUAGUGUUGAUUUUAGGUUGCAGUCCAGCUCCAACCCAGAUCCACAGUUUGAGCAGAUGACCAAGCCUCCACCAGAUGCCGCGGGAGAGAAGCCCAAGGAGCUUCCCCUGGACAAGGGUUUGGAUGGGUCUGAGGAGGGCAACGUGGCCCCCACCGGGAGCAGCAAGGCAGGCAGCCCUGGAGCACCAUCCUCCUCUACCCUCUGUCCUGCCCCGGAGCAGAAGAGGGGGCCUGACGUGACCUCGCAGGGUGUCCAGACGUCUGCACCCACCUUCAGCGGAGGGGCCAAGCCUGAGGACAAAGAAGAAAAUGAGCCAGUCAAAGAUCAAAUCAUAAAGUCGACUCUCAAUCCUAAUGCCCAUGAGUUCAAACCCAGGGUGUUCAAUACUCAGCACAAACCGGCCACCACUCCAACCCCCCCGCGGCCACAGGGCCAGCCCAGCCCCUCCAUCGUGGUGCAGCAGCCCCAACAAGUCUACAGCCAGACGGUCUGCUUCCCCCAGAUGUACCCUCUGACCCCAGUCAGCCCUGGAGUUCAGAAAAGCAUUAUCUGGAAGUCUCCAGCCAUGUACCAUGUCCAGAUGCCUCAUAUGACGGUGAGCCAGUCCAAGCCCUACAGACCAGGUAAAGUAGCCAACAUGCCCCAGCAGAGGUCAGACCAGCACCACCCCCAGGGCACACCCACAAUGAUGCACCCAGCCCAAGCCGCGGGGCCGCCCAUUGUGGCCCAAAGCCCCACCUAUUCAGCCCAGUACUUCACCUGCAGCCCACAGCAGUUUACCAGCCAGCAACUGAUGCAGCAGAUGCCCCACUACCAGUCACAGGCCCAGCAUGUGUUCAGCCCGGUGAUGCACAGUCAGGCCAGGAUGAUGGCCCCUCCCAACCACGGCCAGCCCGGCCAGCUGGUCUCCUCCACCACCCAGUAUGGCGAGCAGACUCACACCAUGUAUGUGUCACAAGGCCCCAUGCCGCAGCAGUACCAGCACCCCCAACCCUCGGCCACGCCCACAGGCCAGGCCCAGCAGGGCGGGCAGCAUGGGGGAAACCACCCGGCUCCCAGCCCCGUCCAACAGCACCAGGCUGCAGCCGCCCAGGCCCUGCACAUGGGCAACCAGCCCCAGCAGCAGAUGUACCAGGCCCUGGCCCCCACCCCGCCCUCCAUGACCCCGGGGACCAACCCCCAGUCCCCCCAGGGCAGCUUCCCCUCGGCCCAGCAGGCCGUCUACCUCCACCCCCAGCAGAUGCAGCACGGCUACAACCCCUCCCACAUGGCCCACAUGCAGCAGGUGAGCUCCACCUUCAGAAGCCCUUCACUUCACUCUGAGUACAUACUAUAUGAACAGGCCCAUAUGCAGUCUGGGAUGGUUCCCUCCCACCCUAGCCACCCUCAGAUGAUGCUGAUGGCCACCCAGCAGCCAGGCGGCCCCCAACUCCCCCAGAAUGCCCUCAACCCCAUCCCAGUGUCCUCCACUACACACUUCUCUUACUUGGCACACCCCCAAGUGCAACAGCACCAUCAGUAGCAGCUGUGGAGGGUGCUACUGAGAACAUGGACCCCUUAUCCAGCCCUCGCUCUCUUCAAGGGUCUUGACACAGAUCUCGUCAUGCUACUACACAUGCUUUCCUCUCCCAGUCAUAAAGAAUGUUCCACAGGUUGUUGCAUUGGAGAGGUUUUAUUAAUAACAAAGAAUACCCUCCCUCUUCCCCACACACACCUUUUAAGAAACCUGCAGAGGGUCCCUAAUGAAACUUGAUUCAGCUUGCCAAUUGAGAGAAAGAUAAAAUGAUCUGCACCUUGAUAUGGAAAUUCUUUCUACUUAUAAACAGUGUUACUGUUUAACAGCUGCUGCAUUCAAGACUUCAGAACAGGUUUUAACCAAACUAAAACUAAUUAAAAUCUUCCUGUAAUUAAUAACAAGUUUGGCCUAAAGGACAAACAUUAUUAAUUAUGAUGGCUAAAGUGAUCCCACUUCUCACCUGAACCAUUAUCUUUUGCUUUGUAGAUAAUAUAAAUAAUUUAAAACACUUGGGGGAAAAAUAAACUUUUUUAAAAAACA